AUGAGAUUGCGAGAGAUUGUAAAGCAUGUAUGGUGUGAUUGGGGAAUAAAGAUUUCAUCGUGGUUAGCAGUUAGAGCUAGAAUAAAGGGACAUGCUUUGAUUCUUGGUGAGUACAGAGAGCAAUAUGGGUUAUUACAUAGAUAUGCACUCGAGAUUUUAAGAGCAAACUCUAACAACACAGUUAUUUUGAAAUUGAACAACCAAGAAUUUCAACGUGUGUACAUAUGUUUUGAAGCAUUAAGAAAUGGAUUUCUUAAUGGGUGUAGACCAUUUAUUUCACUAGAUGGUUGUUUUUUGAAAGGUCCAUUUGGUGGACAACUUUUAGUGGCCGUGGGGAGGGAUGGAAACAACCAAAUGUUUCCUAUUGCAUGGGCUGUUGUAGAGGUUGAAAGUGGUGAUAGUUGGCGUUGGUUCUUAGAAUUAUUAUCACAAGACCUAGGUACGACUAGUGGUGUAGGGUAUACCAUAAUGUCAGAUCAACAAAAAGGUUUGAUUCAAGCUAUUAGUGAGAUAUGGAAUCAAGCAGAAGUCAAGUGUUGUGCUAGACAUGUGUAUUGUAAUUUUAGGGAUGUGUUUGGUGGGGGGCAAGAGCUUAGGCAAUGGUUCUGGAGGAUUGCAAAAAGUACAACUGAAAAUGUUUUCCAAGCCAACAUUGAAGCAUUCAGAAAAGUUUCAGAGGCUGCUGCAAAUGACUUAUUGAAUAGGAAUUACAAGAAAUGGUGUAGGGCAUUUUAUACACCACAAUCUUGUUGUGAUAGCAUCGACAAUAAUAUGAGUGAGGUCUUCAAUGCAUAUAUACUUAACUCUAGGCAUAAACCGAUCAUUACUAUGUUGGAGGACAUAAGAGAGAGUUUAAUGGAGAGAUUAUUCAAAAAAAGAGAUUUUAUUGGAAAGAAAGAGUGUUACAUUUGUCCAAGAAUUCAACAAAAAUUGGAAGAGAAUAAGUUGAAGUCAAGGGGGUGGUCUGCAUUUUGGGAUGGAAGGUUUAAGUUUGGAGUGAGAGAUGGGAUCACUCAAACGAAAUAUGUUGUUGAUCUAAGAGAUAGAACAUGUAGUUGCAAUACAUGGCAACUUAGUGGGAUCCUAUGUAAACAUGCAAUUGCUGCCAUUUGGAAGUCCGUGGAACAUCCCGAGCAGUAUGUUGCAAGCUCUUUUACCAAACCAGAAUAUUUGAAGGCAUAUGAUUAUCCUAUGGAGCCUUUAAAUGGACCUAAUGAAUGGCCAAUAUGA